AUGACUAAGGCUCCACCUCGGACGGGGAGCGGGGCGAUCGCAAAGACGCAAUCCCAGACGAUUGGUGGAGAUGACGGUGGCAGUCAGUGUGUGUGGUAUGGUAUCUGCAACAUCGACUCACUCAACCGUGCUCAGUACUGUCCGUACAAUGGGACGGCCAAACCGAUCGACACGAAGGCAAAGGACCUGUUGAAGACGUGGUGUAAACAUCUGCUGGUUGAGGACGCUGCGGGCAACAUCAACACGUGCUGUGAUGCGGCACAGGUGGAAGUGCUAAAUAAAAAUGUGGCCCUCGCGGCCAACUUUCUCGCCCGUUGCCCCUCCUGCAUGGCCAACCUGGUACGGCACAUGUGCGACUUCACCUGCAGCCCGCACCAGUCCAGCUUCAUGAAGGUGGUAUCGACGGAGGAGGUCGAACCGAAGGAGGACGGCGAAAAGCCGGACCAACCGGGCACAACGGUCGCGCCCGCACCGAAGGAAUACAUUACCAAAAUCGAUAUCCACAUUACGCAGCAGUACCUGAACGGCACGUUCGCGUCGUGCAGUCAGGUGUCGGUCCCGUCCACCGGCCAGCUAGCGCUCGAUCUGAUGUGCGGCGAUUGGGGUGCUUCGCGGUGCAGUGCCAAGAAGUGGUUCCACUAUAUGGGCGACGCGGAGAACAAUCUGUACGUACCGUUCCAGAUCGAUUACGUGGCGCACGGUUCGCCCAACGAAACGAUCGACGGUUAUCUGCCGUGGAAUCCUCGCAUCGUUCCGUGCAAUGAAAAGUUGGAUGCAAAUACACCCGCCUGUUCGUGUGUCGAUUGUGAAGCAUCCUGUCCCAAACCACCGCCUCCGCCAGGCCCGCCUCAACCCUUCGUCAUCUACGGUAUGGACGGGUACGCGGUCGUCAUGUUCGUGGUGUUUGUCGUGUGCAGCGGCCUAUUUUUGAUUGGUGCCUGCCUUUGCCAUUCGAGCACCGGUACCGCCAGCGGCAGUGGCAGUGGAGCAAAGCUGUUGGUUAAUAGUGGUGACGCGCUACCAUCGGACCUGCGGUCCUCGGUGGGCCGCAGGCUGGCCGGUGGUCUCUCCUCUAACAGUGGCGAUCUGGGCACGGACCGGGAAGACUCACCCCUACAGUCAAAGCGAUCGAGUGCCACCUGGGACGGUGAGCAGGAACUUCGGCCCCAUCCGUCCGGUGUUGGAGCAGCCGAUGAGGAUGACGAUGAGUCGGGCUAUUUCGAACGGCUCGGCGCAAAAACGGAAACCGCACUGGAACACUUCUUCACCGCAUGGGGAACAACCUGUGCCAAACAUCCGUGGCUGGUGCUACUGGGCGGUCUUAUCUUUAUCGUCGCAAUGGGUAUGGGCAUUAACUUCCUGCGUGUCACGACCAAUCCGGUGGAACUGUGGGCUUCGCCCCACUCACGGUCUCGCGUUGAGCGUGAGUACUUCGAUUCCAACUUUGAACCAUUCUACCGCAUCGAGCAGAUUAUCAUCAAGGCGGAAAACCUUAGCAACGUGAUGCACAACACCUCGAACGGUGUGAUCCAGUUCGGGCCGGUCUUCAACCGACAGUUUCUGCUGGACGUGUUUGAGCUGCAGGAGCAAAUCAAGAAGCUUGCGGCGGUACGGGACAACGGGAGCAAUGAGACGGUCGGCCUGAAGGACAUUUGCUUUGCACCGCUCAGCUCGAGCAGUGGGCCGAAGGAUGCGCAGGAGUGUGUGGUACAGUCGCUGUGGGGCUACUUCUCGGACGAUAUGGACAACUUCAAUGAGGAGGAAGAGGACGCACAGGGCUUCGUGAUCAAUUAUCUGGACAAGCUGAUCCAGUGCUUUGGCAACUACUACAACCCUGGCUGUCUGGCACCGUACGGUGGACCGAUCGAUCCGGCCAUCGCACUGGGCGGUAUUCCUCAGCCCAAAACACCCGACGAGAAGGCUAGCUACGCGGAGGCGAACGCCGUCAUCCUGACGUUCCUGGUGCGUAACUACCACGACAAGAAUAAGCUUCAGUCGGCACUGGCCUGGGAAACGGAGUACGUGGCGUUCAUGAAGAACUGGACGCGCGAGAACAUGAGCAUUGCCUUCACGUCCGAGCGCUCGAUCGAGGAUGAGCUGGCGCGCGAAUCACAGUCGGACGUGUCGACCAUCCUGGUGUCGUACAUCAUCAUGUUCGCGUACAUCGCCAUCUCGCUGGGGCACGUGAACCAGUGGCGGCGGGCAUUGAUCGAUUCGAAGGUGACGCUCGGUUUGGGCGGUGUUGCGAUCGUGCUAGCGUCGGUAGUCGCAUCGGUCGGCAUUUUCGGCUACAUUGGCGUACCGGCAACGUUGAUCAUCGUGGAGGUGAUUCCCUUCCUGGUGCUGGCGGUCGGUGUCGAUAACAUUUUCAUUCUGGUGCAAACCCACCAGCGUGAUACGAAAAAACCAACCGAAACGCAUGCCGAACACAUCGGACGCAUUUUGGGACGCGUGGGACCAUCGAUUCUGUUGACAUCGGUCAGCGAGAGCUGUUGCUUCUUCCUGGGCGGAUUGUCCGACAUGCCGGCCGUGCGUGCGUUCGCCCUGUACGCUGGUAUGGCGUUGCUGAUCGACUUUGUCCUGCAGAUCACCUGCUUCGUCAGUCUGCUGGCGCUCGAUACGAUCCGCCAGGCGGACAAUCGGCUCGAUGUGCUGUGCUUCCUGCGCGGCUCGAAGAAGGAUAUGCCGGGCAGCAUCGGCGAAGGAUUGCUGUACAAGUUCUUCAAGAGCAUCUACGUGCCGUUCGUGAUGCGCAAGCCGGUCCGGGUGGGUGUGAUGAUUGUGUUCUUCGGCUGGCUUUGCUCAAGCAUUGCCGUCGCACCGCACAUCGACAUUGGGCUGGACCAGGAGCUGUCCAUGCCGGGCGAUAGCUUCGUGCUGAAAUACUUCCGCUACCUGCAGCAGUACCUGAGCAUCGGGCCACCGGUAUACUUUGUGGUGAAGAACGGACUGAACUACUCGACGAUGCACGAUCAGAACUUGAUCUGUGGUGGACAGUACUGUAAUCUGGACAGCUUGUCGACGCAGGUGUAUAUUGCGAGCAAGCAGCCCCAGGCGAGCUAUCUGGCACGGCCGGCAUCUUCGUGGUUGGAUGACUACAUCGACUGGUCCGGAGCGCCCGGCUGCUGCAAACAGUGGACGAAUGGAAGCUUCUGCCCACAUCAAAAGAGUGCUUGUGGUAUGUGCAACAUUACGCUGACCCCUGAAAAGCGCCCGGUAGAGGACAGCUUCCGGCAAUACGUGUCCUUCUUCCUCGAGGACAAUCCGGACGAAGCGUGCGCCAAGGCGGGUCACGCGGCGUACGGUAGCGGAGUAAAGUACCAGCCGGACGGACUGUCCCCCCUGUACAACGACGUCGGCGCAUCCUACUUUAUGGCUUACCACACGAUCCUGAAAUCGUCCUCCGACUACUACGAAGCGUUACGUUCGGCGCGUAAAAUUUCGGCCAACAUUACCAGCACGAUACAGGCGAAGCUUCGGCUGCAGGGCCGCAGCGAGGCGGACAUUCAGCAGAUCGAGGUGUUCCCGUACUCGGUGUUUUACGUGUUUUACGAGCAGUAUCUGACGAUGUGGCCCGACACGCUCAAGAGCAUGGGCAUCUCGGUGCUGGCAAUCUUCAUCGUAACGUUCCUGCUGAUGGGCUUCGACAUCCAUUCGUCGCUGGUGGUUGUGAUCACGAUAACGAUGAUCGUGAUCAACAUCGGUGGGCUGAUGUACCACUGGAACAUUUCGCUGAAUGCCGUCUCGCUCGUGAAUCUCGUAAUGGCGGUUGGCAUCAGCGUCGAGUUCUGCUCCCAUCUGGUGCACAGCUUCUCCAUGUCGGUGGAGGAAACGCGCGAAAAGCGGGCGGCCGAUGCGCUCACCAAGAUGGGCAGCUCCGUCUUUUCCGGCAUCACGCUGACCAAGUUCGGUGGUAUCCUGGUGCUCGGCUUUGCCCACAGCCAAAUCUUCCAGGUGUUCUACUUCCGGAUGUACCUGGGCAUUGUGCUGUACGGUGCCGCCCACGGGCUCGUGUUCCUGCCGGUGCUUCUAAGCUAUAUCGGCGCCCCUAUCAACAAAGUCAAACUGGCCAAUCACCGGCGGCAGGCGAUGCAGGAAACCCAGGAAACGUCCCUCUCGACAACCCUGCACCGGGAUGAAAGAAUAUUUAUGUUUGAGCGAAUCGACGCCGAUAUACACGGCGUGAUGCACCGCCGAAGACGCUCCAACAACGAUGUCUCCAACGAUGGCACACACCAACACCACCCCGGUGCUAAUGAGAUCGAUUCGGAGCCGAAUAUGGAACAGGAUGCAGCGUACUAUGACGAGCGACAAUCUCCCGACCACAACCACCACCACGACUACGAUGAGCCGGCCAACCAUCAGCGAGCGGAGCAGCCGCACUAUCCUGUGCUUCGCCAGGAACAGGAAACCCAAGGAGGACGAGGAGGACACAACCGGCCAACAGCAAGAGCCGGACGAACAGCAACCGGCGGAGGAGCAGCAGGACCCAGCAACUACACCGGAGCACGGCAACCAACCACCACCCUUGAGGUCCACGCCCAGCACGACCUUCCUCCGGGUGAGGAUACGGACGAGCUUACCGAGCCUCUUCUGCAGCAAGCAUCCCCCAGCAUCCAGUGCGCCCCGCACGGAUCUCUAAAAGAGGACGCCACCGGAGGCACGAAACCAGCAUCUACAGCGGCACCACCAGCAGCAGCACCACCAACAUCGAAGCUUUCCCCCUCGUCAUCCAUCUCAUCUUCCUCGCUGUCGUCGAAAACUUCCAAAGCGUCUAAAACGUCCGCCAAACGGAAUCGGUUGCGCAAGAGCCGGUCGAAGGAUGCACAGACGGAAAUCGAGCACCCGAAAGCGCCCCUAGUGGUGGCAGAAGAUUCGGAAGAUUUGGAUGGUGAGGAUGAGGAGGAGCAGGAGGAGGAAGAGGAUGGGGUGAAGGAGCGUGGAGAGGGAGCGCUUGAAACAUUCAACAGCAACAGUGAAGCCGCCAUGAUGGAUAAUGAAGAUCGAAGGACGAUCAAGUCCGCCUCGUCUUCGUCGUCCCGGUCGACGAUGGUUCCCCGGGGACGAUAAGCGGACUUGGAGGGCUAAUGGCUAAUGGAGCAGGGCAUUAGCGCGAUGACAAAUCAUUGCAGAAAGGAUCAUUUCCCAAUGAGAGAGGGAUUGAGGCUUUGAGCGCGAGGGAAAUAGUUUAGUAUAAAGGGAUGAUUCCAUCGCAAAGCGAAAGGUUUAUCAAGCGUGUUUUCCUAGGACAUAAAGCAUUUGUCCACAGGUAUGCAAGCAAUGGGCCAGUUUUCAGAUAACAAACCGGUCCGAUCGUUUCAAACAUGUGGGCAAUGGUUGUCCACCGGCCAAGAAAAAGAUGGGGAACAAUAGCCCUAUUUUUCGUCUCCCGUGCCCCAACUCUAUGAGAUGUGGUCUGGAGGUACACACUUCUGGUCUGGAGGUGAAGAGAGCUUGCAUUGCAGACCAAAAAAGAGGUUUCCCUCGGCAGAGAGAAGCCGCCAGAAGCCAUUAAUCAAAUCCACUUUCAAAUUCAAAGUAAGUAACGGAAAACCACCCCACGUGUCGGUGGUGGUGCGCUCUUGCUGCCUGCCAUUCCGGUACCGGUUCUAGCUAGUUACUAACACUAACAACAGAUAGUUUUCUAUAUUUGUGUAGAAGUAGCCACCAGCAACAACGAAACGCGAAACGGUUGAAUAGCAGAGUACCAGGAUAAUCACUUUAAAAAGGAAGAAAAUGGAAGAAGAAUUGUACCAGUUUGUAUACAUUUGUGUGUGCGUGUGUGUGUCCAGAUGAAUAUUCCUAUUCCUGUAACUAUAAUCAUAUUUGUCCUCGUACGAAAGGGAUACAAGGAGUGCGCAGAUAAUCUGUGCUGUAUCAAGCACACCACCAAAAAACCAACCAGAAUGGCGGCAAACGAGAAACAGAGAUGCGAAGUGUGGGGUGCGAAGUUUUAACUGUUGUUCGUACUGCCGAAAAGUAUAGUGUCGGCCGGAAAUGGAAGGAAGGAAGGAAGGGAUGGGAUGGAGAUGCAUAUUGUUUGUUGGUUGUUAUCGGGAUGUUUAGUGUGCUCUGUUGUUGAUGGGUUGGCUAGUGAAUGAUGGAAGCGGAUGCGGUGUGUUCCUGCGGUGCGCCUAGGUGCGUGUGUAUAGUAAGUAGAUAACGUAUGUUUAUAAUGAUUGGUUUGGGGGGGGUCGCUGACUGGCUUGACUGCAGGCGCAGACAUGUGCAACAAAAAUAGGAAAUUGAUGUCUAAAAAACACAGCUACUCGGAUACACUCUUGUACGCACGGGCGGGAAGCUAGCUUAAUCUUUCAAGGGAAAAAACCGGAUGUGGCAUGUACAAAGGCAUACAAACGCAGGUGUAUUAUAGAGAGACAUAGCGCGAGCGUAGAAUAUGAGUCCGCUGAGAGGAGCUCGGAGUGUGUACGUUGGUUUAGGCAAAGAGAGUAUCAGGAGUUCAAGGAAUGGAAGACACACAAUCUAAUGAAUUAUUUUCUAUCUCUAGCUAGAGAGCAGCUGUUGGUAGUGUUUUUUAAUCCAACCGAAAGUCGGUUGCGAGUUGGAAGGAUGUACCAGCAAAACCGACUCUGUGACUGUGAUUUAUUUGUCCGUACCGGAAGGUGUAGUAUGAGUAAAUUUUCGGGACACCCCAUUACCAAACAGUUUCGCGCUGUUUUGGAAAGGAAGCACGAAUAUUGUCUGAUUGGCAGUAUGUCCGUUGACGUACGCAUCUGUUCCUACAAUCUCCAAACACGCAUACACACACACAUCCAACUCCAAACUCAGCAAAUAGACAACAUUUUCCGGUGCCUUGCAUUCUUGACGCGAACUCUCGUUAGGAUAUCGCUAAACAGUGUGGUGACGGGAAACGAAACGAAGGUGGACACGAAGGAUGAUUGUGUUUGUGGGUACGCUAGUUCUGUUCUGUUUCCGGUGGGGGGGGGGGGGGGGGGGGAUACAUGUACGCCGCCUUCCCAAACUAAAAGAGCUUCUUGUGAUUCCAUAUUUUACUAAAGCAAAAGAAAAAAAAAAGUAUUCUCUAGGCAGGGCAGUUAGUUGCGCUUAUCCUUCCUAAUCGAUGUUUAAGAUUACUGGUCCAUCCUUACUAUUUUAUUGUUAAAGCAAGCACACACCACCACCACCACGCCCAUGCGCGCUUUUCUCGCCUAAUGCACGCCUGAAUGAUAUAAAACGGGGGAGAGGGUGUGGGGGGUGGGGUUGGGGUGUAGUAAAUAGGCGGCGGCGAGGGGUAUGUUCAGCUUAGAAUAUGUUUCGUUAAUGGCACGAUAGAAUUUAAAUUUGUUUCGCUCAUUCCGUUCCGUGACUGCACACUAGACUGUGCAGCCGAUGGGUGUUAGGCGUGGCGCUUAAAGAAAGAGGAGAGAAGAAAAUAUUACCCCUCCCCCUCGAGUAUAUAUGUCUCAGAUGAUUAUGAAUGUUAGUGUAAUUUUAGUUAGGGUUCACUUUUUAAAAAAAAAAAAACGGCAGUUACGGCAGCGGCAUUACAAGGACGCCCUACAGCCCGGUCCCGUCUUAGCUGUUAGCAUGUUACGUGUAUACCGAUAAAUACGCCCAUCGCUCGUUCCUGUUUGUAAUCGAUGUAACGGAAUCCACUUUUUCCUUCCAGCCGCCAAUAAUGUUUUCCUUUCUCUUGCGUGCGGUUAAACUCUCUUUCUCCCUCUCUUUCUCUGUUUGUUAGCUAGAGUUGCGCAGUAUAAAAGAGAAGUUGGAGUUAGGGCAGUGGGAGGGGAAACGGCGUUGAAGGAGGCGCAAUACAUUUGUAUAGGAGGAAAGUGUUUCGAGGUGUAUGCGACGGUAAAGUGGAAAUGUGUAAUAUAGUUAGACACUUGGGGCAGGUAUAGAGGAAAUGGAUCGGGCAAAGUGAGGGCGAACGUUAAUUCAAACAUUCAAAAACCCCGGUUUAUGAGUUAUUGCAGUGAUUAUAUAUGUAUAUGUAACACACACACACUAACUCUCUCACACACAAGCACCCCAAAACACUUAUCCCCGGCCAUGGGUAAGCUUACCACGAUGAUAAGUGCUUUACGUUUGCUCAGUUUAGGAAACAAUAAUGCUUAUUUAUCAUUCUAGAGGGCCAAAACAGGGUGCAAAGGGGGGCAAACCAAAGCUUCUUUCCCCUUUUUUCCGGAAGUCUGUUUUGCAGCAAAAAGUGUCUCUGAAUCUGUAUGGCACUUUUAUUUUGGGUGUAAUGAUUUCUUGCUGCUACUGCUGCUGCUGCUUGUGUAUAGAGCAACAGCAUCAUGCCCAACACAUUCUAAAAAAAAAAGGAAAAAUAACUAAGAAUAAAACAGGGGAAAAUAUUGUGUGAAAAGAUGUGUGUGUGUGUGAGAGAGAGAGAUGUCAAGAGGGGAAAGCGAUGACGAAUGUAAAUUAAAGGAGUAAAUAAAUAAAGGUUAAUAAAAUUGUGAA